AUGGCUCCCAACCUGCGAUAUAUUUCAUCCGACACGGCCGCAUUGAUCAAGUUCCCUUUCAGCGGUGGACAGCCACGCAAUGGCGUAGAGUUUGGUCCUGAUGCACUGGUUGCUGCUGGUCUCCCUGAGCAAUUGGAGAGUCUUGGCUGGAAAGUGGUGCAGGACGAUUCAAUUGAUUGGGACGAGGUGAACAACGUUGCACGGAACGACGUUUCCAUUGAUACACUCAAGAAUCCUCGCUCUGUAUCUUUGGCAAGCGAGAAACUUGCUGCUGCUGUGGAGAAGCAUGCAAAGGCUGGCUCGCUGCCUGUGACACUUGGCGGCGACCAUAGUCUUGGCAUUGGCUCGAUGAUCGGCGUCGCUCGUGCACAUCCUGGUGCUGCGGUCAUUUGGGUUGACGCACACUCGGACAUCAACACACCCAAUACCACUCCGUCGGGCAACUUGCAUGGUUGCCCUGUUGCAUUUGCAUUGGGUCUUGACGGUGCUUACAUGGCCCCAUUCAAAGACUGGCUGCCGAACCCGCCCGUGAACUCGCCGAACCGCCUGGUGUACAUUGGAUUGCGCGAUGUCGACGAGGGUGAGCGCAAGAUUCUCAAGGACUUGAAUAUCAAGGUGUUUUCGAUGCACCAUGUGGACAAGUACGGCAUCGGCAAGGUUGUCGACAUGGCUCUCGACCAUAUUAACAACAACACGAACCGCCGUGAUCGACCCAUCCAUUUGUCGUUCGACGUAGAUGCCAUGGACCCUACUGUUGCGCCCAGCACAGGUACGCCCGUUCGUGGCGGCCUAACAUUUCGCGAGGGACACUACAUCUGCGAGGCAUUGUACGAGACUGGCGCACUUGUUGCUAUGGACAUGGUGGAGGUCAACCCAAUGCUGGAGCCUAAGUGUGCCGAGGCGACGAUCGCUGUCGGUUGCUCCCUUGUCCGUGCCGGCCUAGGUGAAUCGCUUUUGUGUUAG